CAUCCCAGAGUGCAUCUGAAAAAAACUUUUCAGAAAUUUCACUUUCGAACCCAGCCGGCGCGGUAGGUGCUCCUGACAAAAACAAAGAACCAGGUCUGGAAGCCUCCACUUGGGCUAGUAAAGCCAGUGUUUCUCUUCCUGUAACUGCCCCAAAAAUAUCUGCUGUUCCAUCUGCUUGCCGUAUUGCAGCUUCUGUCUGUAUGUUUGCUCUUCCCUCUGGACCUUCUGGUUAUGAAUAUAUUUAUAUUCCACGAUCAAGACGUCUUAAGUACAAAGAAGUCUGUUCCUCUCUCUGCACUCUUGGUGUGGAUUCUUCUCGACUUUUGGACAUUAACUUCCCAGCCAGAGGUGUCAUUGGCGUCCUUGUUCAUGUCCAGUAUGCUGAUGCCUUUAAGGCCAAACUGAUAACUGCUUCUGUUGAGAUUUUGGACGCAUUUGAUCCACUUGACCCUGAUAAUGUUGCUGAUCCCAAGUAUGCACCUCUGUCCACUCAUGAACUUGCCAACACUGCUGCCGUGCUUUACCAUGAUAAAUGUCUUCAGGCCCUCCAGUUCUUGCGCCCUCAUGUUGCUAUCCCAGUUGGUCACUUCUUUUGUGAGGAAGGGUGGAUCAGUGAAGAUGAAAUACCCACACGCACCACUCUUACCAAUGCCACUGGUGGGUCAUUGUUCAAACAAACAUGGCUCCUCUUUCCCUCACGUCUUCCCACAUCAUGGUCACAGAUUCACUUGUAUGGCUCUCCUGUAGCUGGCACCUAUAGGGGCUCUAUGGAUGUUUCUGUUCUCAUCUCACCUCACUGUCCUUAUGCUGUCACUCAAAUACCUAUGCCCUCAAAAUAUGCUCUGGCCGUCAAAAUUAGCUCACUCAGAAUUGUAUGCUCAUAUCUUCCACCAACUAUGCCCACUCAUGAUGUCCUACAUGUACUCUCUUCCAUUCCUUUAACACAUGAUAUCAUUCUUUGUGGUGACUUCAAUGCAUGA